GAGUUAUGGUAGCAAAGAAGCUGCUUGUAAAAACCGUAUUCGACGCUGCGGAUUGAAAUCUUGCACAUUUGGACAGGACAGUUAUCAAGACACAGUGUUAAAGUAAAAAAGAAAUUAUACAAUGAAACGACAAAAUUAAUGAUGUUAACUUAAAGUUUAAACGUCGCAUGCCCAUGAUAUAAAAACAGAAAUGGAACAAAAAGGAAAAUUGUGUGAUUGUAAGGGGAGCGAACACUUAAGAUGUAGAAAUGGUUUACUUGUCACAGAGGUGACACUAGAAAAGUCACCGGGCAGCAAUAAUAGAUGCUUAAUGCAAGAAGGACCUUGGUUUGCAAUUAAAAGUGAGAAACUUGAAGGGUUGGGAAAUGGUACAGACUUAUGUGAAGAAAGGUUUUUAAUGCCAGAAGGAGUACCAGUAUGCAUCUCCAAUGAUACAGCCCUACCUGAUGAUCCUUGUGCUGAAAGCAAUUCACAGUCUGUCACGAUGAAAAGAGAUAUUUGUGAUGCUUUUUACCAUGUCAACCAGCUUGUCCCCACUGAAUUGCAAUCUAGCAUGGUAAAAACUGAGUCAUGUGAGUCUUAUAGCCUAUACACUUUGGAUAUUCAUCCAAGUUCCAGUGGCAACUCUUGUAAUGUAACCAGAGAGCAAAUUCAUAAUUCUAUGAAGAAGGACACAGUUGAACAAGGAAUUGAAACAGAGAUUUUUACUUUAGAUUUGACCACUGGAAUGAUAACCCCAUGCAAUGAUGAUAGUGAAAGAGCUGAGAAUUUCAAGGAAUCUUGCAACCUUGAUAAGAAUACAGGGACAGAUAUGAAAGGUAGUCUCUGUGUUGUGAAUUGUUCUGAGAAACAAGAUCAGUGUUCUCAUUUGGGGAUUAAAAAUUGUACCAAAGUCAGUUUUGCUGCUGACAAUGACACAAAGGCCACCUUAGCAAGUAACCAAAUACUGAACAAAACAUCAACAUCACAGUUUAAAUGUCGUUUCUGCAGCAAGCAAUAUAAAAUGUCUGGGCAUCGCAACAGGCACGAAAGAACACACUCAGGGGAAAAACCUUACAAAUGUGAUAUGUGCCCGAUGUCAUUUGCAAGAAAAGAUAUUUUUCGGGUGCAUCAGAUGAGGCAUGCUCAAGUAUUCAAAGAAGGUUGCACUCGUCCACGUGUUCCUUGUCCCUUGUGUUCGAAAGAUUUUCGUGACAAAAGAGAUCUGAUGAGGCAUAUGCAAGCACACACUGAUGCAAAGCCAUUCAAAUGCAGUUUCUGUGAAAAAUACUACAAAGGAAAAAAUGAAUGCCAGAGACAUGAAAGAAUGCAUAAAGGAGAAGAAAAUUUUCAAAAAGGAACAUUUCUAAAGCAUAUUUGCGAUUAUUGUGGAAAGGUAUUUUUCAGAAAGGAUUCCUAUGUAAGACACUUGAGAAUUCACACAGGGGAGAAGCCGUACAGGUGUGAUAUUUGUGAUGUUGCAUUUUCAAGGAGAGACCUUGUUGCACUUCAUUUAAAAGAGCACAAGGAAGGAAAAAUGUUCAAAUGCAAAAGCUGCCAUAGGUUAUUCUCAGACAAGGAUGCCUGUAAUAAACAUGAGAGUUGUCAUCUUGUUGAAAAAAGCCACCCUUGCCAGUUCUGUGGCAAUCUUUUUAAACACAAGCAUGCAUGCAAGUAUCAUGAACGUCAGAACUGUAGGAUGAUUAAGGCACACCAGUGCAAGUUUUGUAGCAAGGGAUUUUCAACCAAAAGUACUUGCAAAAGACACGAGACUUCCCUCCAUGUUACAGAGGACAAGGUGUCUUGAUUAAAAAAGAUCUCUA